AUGUCUCCAACAACUGUUUUCAUUUCUGGUGCUAACGGCUAUAUCGCCCAACAUAUCGUUAAACAAUUACUCGAACAAGGUCAUUCUGUAGUUGGUUCGGUAAGAACAGCAACCAAAGGUGAAUCAUUAAAGGAAUUAACCCAAUCUGAUAAAUUUUCUUACGAAGUAGUUCCAGAAUUAGAAUCACCAGGAGCUUUUGAUCAAGCACUUAAAAGGCACCCUGAAGUUGCUGUUUUCUUACAUACUGCUUCCCCAGUUGGUUUUGGUGCUGAAGAUAUCGAAAAUUUUAUUUUGAGACCAGCUAUCGAAGGGACUAAAAAUGCACUUAGGGCCAUAGUUGAAUAUGCUCCCCAAGUUAAAAAGGUUGUCGUUACUUCAUCUGGUGCUGCUAUUUCUGGAUUUGGUAAAUAUUUUAGUUCAGAAAAGAUUUAUACCGAGGAAGAUUGGAAUCCAAUUACUUUAGAAGAAGCGUUAGAGCAUGGAUUUAAUGGAUAUCAAGCAUCUAAGAAGUAUGCAGAAUUGGCAGCUUGGGAUUUUAUUAAGGAGAACAAAGUAAACUUUGACCUUAUUACCAUUAUCCCAACUUUUGUAUUUGGUCCCCAAGCAUAUGGCGUUAAAGAUAAGUCUCAAUUGAAUCUUUCCGCUGAAAUUGUUAAUAGUGUCAUUAAAUUAAGUCCUGAUGAUAAAAUCCCUGAACAAAGUGAUACUUUUAUUGAUGUUAGAGACGUUGCAAAGGCUCACAUUAUUGCCUUUGAAACUGACAAAGCUAUCAACCAAAGAUUAUUAUUAAGCAGUGAAAGACAGUCUUUAGAGAAAGUUGCUCACAUUGUUAACAAGCAUUUCCCAGACUUGAAGAUUCCUCAAGGUAGUUUGGCAAAACAUGAAGAACAGAGUGCUAUUUCACACAAGGAUAAUUCUUCAAAGACGAAAGAAAUUCUUGGCUUUGAAUACUAUACUCUUGAACAAAGUGUCGUUGAUGCCGUCAAACAACUUAUCGAAGCAAAUUAG